AUGACAAACAUCAUCCCACACCUCCUCCCAACUCCACCGUUCUCUGAGAUCGCCAACUGCAAAGCCAACACAGAGGACAAGAACAACACCACCUUACCUGAAGGGCCAGAAAUCAGCCUUUCAUCCCAAGUAAGAGUUCUGGCAUACAUGAACUCUGUGCAGCUAGGAGACAAGAAGGGAUUCUCUGAAGCAAUAAACGCCUUCGCAGAUGAUAAGCGACAAUGUCUGUUCUGUUACAAGGAACUUCAGAAGGUGCGAGAGAAACUUCAAAAAUCUCGUCAAUCUGAACGUAGCACUUUUCCAUCGCCACACAAGCAGAAAAUCGAGACUGGGGACUGGAAACAACGGUUGAGACCUGGACAGCCACGAUCGUGGUCCUGUUCGUGGUAA